AUGCCGUUGUACGGUCAGGUGCCGUAUGACGGUGGCCCUCAGCAGCCUCGCGCACAGCAAAUCCCUGGGGGCCUUGCUCUACAGCGCAACCUGCCGGCUCCUCACCCAUCUCGCAACUGGCUGCAGGCCCAGCCACCCGACCCUCACCGCGACGCGUUUCCAUUCGCACCGAGGCCGACCUUCGAGCGCGUCCCAGACGUGCCGGAUCUCAACGCGGGAAACGCGUUCGAUUUCGGUGGCGCGAACGCGGGAAACGUCCCUGGCGCAAACGCGCUCAAUUUCGACGGUGCGAACGCGUUCAACUUCGACGCUGCGGACGCGCCCAACCUCGAUGGUGCGAACGCGUUCCAUCCCAAUGGGGCCGCGAACGUGUUCAACUUCGAUGCCGCGAACGUGCCCAACUUCGAGGCCGCGAACGUGUUCCAUCCCAAUGCCGCAAACAUCCUCAACUUCGACCAGCGAGGUGUCUUCGACGCGCAGCCGCCAAUGGACGCUGCUCGCUGGCCAGUCCCUGUGCCCGCAAACAACGCACGAGGCUCUGCAGGCGAUCUUCGAGCCCCAAGUGUACGUCCCGAAAACGCGUUCGACUUCGCGCCGAAGCCGUCUCACAACGCUGUGCUACCCCCGGGCCAUAUCCGUCUACCCGCCCCGCCCAUAGCAGCUCCCUACCGUCCAGGACCCAUGCGAGAUGUCCGAACGAACGGCUUCGCAGGACCACGUCAGGAUCCCGUACAGGCUGUUCAGCGAGAAGCAGGGCAUCCUGCAAAUCCUGUGCGUGAAGACCCUCCCGGGCCCCUUGUACCAGAGCGAGCACCAAUGGUCCCGCCAGCAACUCCAGCAGCUGCGCGACGCGCUACACCGAAGAGCGCAUCGAGUUCGCGUGGAUCUACUACCUCACAGCAAGCCCAGCCCAAGACGCCUGCGACACCGUCGAAAGCUACGGAGAGCACCAAGCGCGGUGGGAAGGCGAGCGGGAAACGUACGGCUAGUCAGACGCCAGCGUCUUCGAAGGCUAAGCAGCCCGCCAAGCGUGGCGGACUCGGAAGCAAGGGCGGGGAGGGGAACCGUCGUGAACACGGGACGUCAGAUGAGGAGAUCGCAGAGUUGUCGCAGGCUCAGCGCGAGGCAGCGGCGUUGAAGAAGGGUGACGCCGAGGCGGACGAGGAUAGUACUGACCUGGACGACGAGGACAGUGAUGAGGAGGGUGCUGAGGGUGGAGGCGGCAAGAAGCGCGGGCUCUCGGAAGCGCAGAAGCACAAGAACAUCGACCGCACAUGA